UUCAGAUUCUGUCAAACCCUAAUUUUUUAUAAAUCCCCAAAUUUCCCCCUUUCCCCCUCAUCCCUUCAAACCACACUCAAUCUCCCUCUCUCUCUCUCUCUCUCUUCUACAAUGGCCAAUGGGCAGCCUCAUCUCAACGGAGCCUUCUACGGCCCUUCCAUUCCUCCCCCCUCCAAGUCCUACCACCGCCCCUCUCGCGGCGACGGAGGAUGCGGCUGCUGCGGUUGUCUCGGCUGCCUCUUCAACUGCUGCUGCGGUUGUAUCGUCAAUCUCAUCUGUCAAAUCAUCAUCACCGUCGUCAUCGUCGUUGGCAUUGUUGUGUUCCUCUUGUGGUUGAUCUUCCGUCCGAAUCUCCUCCAAUUCCAUGCCGUCGAUGCUUCUCUUACGCAGUUCAAUUUCUCCACUGCUAAUAAUAACCUCCACUACAAUCUGGCUUUGAAUAUCACCGCCAGAAAUCCGAAUCGGAGGAUCGGGAUCUAUUACGACGACGUCGAGGUUAGCGCCUUCUACGAAUCUCAGCGGUUCAGUACGGUGAAUUUGAGCCGGUUUUACCAGGGGCACAAGAACACCAGUUUACUCAGCCCUACGUUCGUCGGACAGCAUAUGAUUCUUCUAGGGACGGAUGGAAUUUCGUCGUUUAAUUCUGAGAAGAGCUCGGGGAUUUUCAAGAUUGAUGUGAAGCUAAACUUGAGGAUCAGAUUCAAGUUCGGCUUUGUGAAAUUUGGGCACUAUAAACCGAAGAUAAACUGUCCAUUGAAGGUGCCUUUAACAUCCAAUGGUACUUCUUCUUCUUCUUCUUCUUCUUCUUCAAAUGGCGUGUUCGAAACCACCAAGUGCAGCUAUGACUUGUAAUCGUUAGAUCUCAAUUAUCUGCCAUCUUCUUUGCUUUCUCUUUUCCGGAUUGAUCUGCUGUAAUUAUUAGUUCUUGAUUCGCAUCUGUUUUUACUGAAUUUUUAUUAAUUCAAUUUUUUUUUUGUUUUUAAAUUCAA